GUCCCAAGGACAGGGGCAGUGAGCUCCCGGACAGGCUGAAGAGCAUUCCCUUCAACAUGGCUGCUGGGAAAAGAGAGCUUUUGAUGUUGGAAAACUUCAUAGGUGGAAAGUUUUUACCCUGUAACUCAUAUAUAGAUUCUUAUGAUCCAUCCACAGGGGAAGUAUAUUGCAAAGUACCAAACAGCGGGAAAGAAGAGAUUGAAGCUGCCGUGGAGGCUGCCAGAGAGGCCUUCCCUGCCUGGUCGUCCCGGAGCCCCCAGGAACGUUCUCUGGUCCUGAACCGACUGGCUGAUUUAGUGGAGCAGUCCCUGGAGGAGUUAGCCCAGGCCGAAUCUAAAGACCAAGGGAAAACUCUCACCCUGGCAAGGACCAUGGACAUCCCUCGGUCUGCUCAGAACUUCCGGUUCUUUGCCUCCUCUAUCCUGCACCACAUGACGGAGUGCACACAGAUGGACCACCUGAGUUGUAUGCACUACACUGUCCGUACCCCUGUGGGAAUAGCUGGUUUAAUCAGCCCUUGGAAUUUGCCACUGUACCUGCUGACCUGGAAGAUAGCUCCGGCCAUCGCUGCUGGGAAUACCGUAAUAGCCAAACCUAGUGAGCUGACUUCUGUGACCGCGUGGAUGUUGUGUAAAUUCUUGGAUAAAGCAGGUGUUCCACCGGGUGUGAUCAAUAUUGUGUUUGGAACAGGGCCCAGGGUUGGUGAGGCCCUGGUGUCCCACCUAGAGGUCCCCUUGAUUUCCUUCACUGGGAGCCAGCCCACAGCUGAGCGCAUUACCCAGCUCAGUGCCCCCCACUGCAAGAAGCUCUCCCUGGAGCUGGGAGGCAAGAAUCCUGCCAUCAUCUUUGAGGAUGCUAAUCUGGAGGAGUGUAUCCCAGCAACCGUGAGGUCCAGCUUUGCUAACCAGGGGGAGAUCUGCCUCUGUACCAGCAGGAUCUUCGUCCAGAGGAGCAUCUAUAGUGAAUUUCUGAAGAGGUUUGUAGAAGCUACCAGAAAGUGGAAAGUUGGGAUGCCCUCUGACCCGUCAGCCAAUAUGGGUGCUUUGAUAAGUAAAGCACAUUUGGAGAAAGUCAGAAGCUACGUGAUGAAAGCUCGUGCAGAAGGGGCCCAGAUUCUGUGUGGUGAGGGUGUGGACCAGCUGAGUCUUCCCCCCAGGAACCAAGCAGGCUACUUCAUGCUGCCCACGGUGAUAACAGAUGUUAAGGAUGAGUCUUGCUGCAUGAAGGAAGAGAUAUUUGGUCCAGUGACGUGUGUUGUCCCUUUUGACAGUGAAGAGGAGGUGAUUAAAAGAGCCAACAGCGUUAAGUAUGGGCUGGCAGCUACAGUGUGGUCAAGCAAUGUGGGGCGCAUCCACCGGGUGGCUAAGAAGCUCCAGUCAGGUUUGGUCUGGACCAACUGCUGGCUCAUCAGGGAGCUGAACCUGCCCUUUGGCGGGAUGAAGAGCUCUGGAAUCGGAAGAGAAGGAGCCAAAGACUCAUUUGACUUCUUCACUGAAAUAAAAACCAUCACCAUUAAGCACUGACUCCCCCCUAUGGAGAAGCAGCUGCGGCCAAUGCCGGACAAUAGAGACUCACUCAUGGGAUGCAGCAGACAGAAAUCCUAGCAUGUGUUCAGCUAUGCCUUGACUUGCCAGGAGACUAACUCUUACUGGCCUUCACUAGCUGGUAUUUUUACCGGCUUGUGAAUAAAAAAAAAAAAUGCAGUUUUUAA